GCCUCUUUACCUUCUUGACGGCUUCGUCAACCUCGUUGUCUGCCAGUCAACUUUGACCCCCAGCUGCUCGGCAAAUGUCAUACAGCUUACAGCCAGCCAGAGGCCCGUGCUGCAGUUGUGGGGGUCGUCAUAAGGGGGGAAUGAGCUAGAGAGCGCGAGAAAGAGAGAGAAGGAGAGAGAGGGAGAGGGGGGAAUAACAACAUUAUUACGGCUUUCACCGCAUCUCGGCUCCACGUCUCCGCGGGCCGAGAUCCACAUCCCCGCCGGAACAACCGGACGCCGCCGACACCUGCCCCCGCCAGGGUCCACGCACGCUCGGCGUCGGAAAGAGCAAAUCGACGGUGGCAGACAUGGGCAAGGAGAUGAUACUUUUCUUGAAGAUGUCCGUCCAACAAAGCAUGUGGCUUGUGACAACGACGAGGCCCAGCAGGAAAUCCUGGGACUGAAGCACGCGUCCCUUCACACCGAUGGCCUGGACUGAGUUUCAGCUGGCCUGCUGAAGCCAUGGGGAGCUGUUGGAGCUGUCUGUACAGGGACCCCAUCCGAGACAACCAUCUCACCAAGUUUAAGGUCAUCAAUGUGGACGAUGAAGGCAACGAGCUGGGCUCUGGUAUCAUGGAGCUCACCCAGACCGAGCUUAUUCUUCACACUCGCAAAAGGGAUGCCAUCAGGUGGCCAUACCUCUGCCUGCGCCGCUACGGCUACGACUCCAACCUGUUUUCUUUUGAGAGCGGGCGCCGCUGUCAGACCGGACAGGGAAUAUUUGCCUUCAAGUGCUCUCGGGCUGAGGAGAUCUUCAACCUGCUCCAGGAGCUGAUGCAAUGCAACAGCAUCAACGUGGUGGAGGAGUCCAUGAUGAUGUCUCGCAGCGGCCACACGCCAGAGAUGGAGAUGUCUCGCACACCACAGACGCCCAACACUCCAGCGUUUCCCGUGCCGGCUUUUCCCAACGGAUACCCUGGUUAUCCAAUCAGAGGGGAUUCCUCCCAGCCUUCCCUUGCUGAGGAUCAUGGACACAAUCUGAUGACUUUGGAAGACCAGACCCACACCUAUGUGAAUACUGUUAGCAUGGAGGGGGAUCUCGCCAUGCGUCACUGUGUGCACUCUCUACCUGAGGUGCGGCCCAGCACUUUCACUGAAACAACACGAGUCGGAAACCAAGGGAAUACGCAGUCAAGCCUGCGGUGCUGUCCCCUUGAGGAGCAUCAAGACCCCCAGGUGUUCCUACAGCCGUCGUCGCAAGAGGUCAAGUUCAUGCUGGGCCCCACUCCAGCACAGCGUCAUCUCCUGCAAAGGGAGCGGGAGCGGCUCAGUCACGGCCCCCACAGCCUUCAGCCAGUAGAGGGCGCAACAGGCUCAGAGACGGACGGAGACGAGGCCUCGGUGCACAUGUGCAACUCCCACUCCUAUCACCAUUUCCAUCACCACCCACACCGGCACCCGUGCCACGAGCACCCGGACAGCUGCCCAGGCGCCGAGCUCACCUAUGAGAACAUCAACGGCCUGAGGAGCGGCCGGAAGCAGCGGCUGAGUCCAAGCAGCGUGUCCCAGUCGGUGGGCUCCAGCAGCAGCAGCAGCACCGGGGACAGUCACUCCCAUUCCCUCCUGCACCCGCACGGCCCGUCUUCGCUUCCCCCGCAGGGCUACGGCUGCGAGAGGCCCAUAGGUGGAGGUCACCGUCGGACGGCCCUGCUCAACUACGAGAACCUGCCCUCGCUUCCCCCCGUGUGGGAGUACAGCGCCCUGCAGCGCAACGACGAGCAGGAAGAAGACGACGAUGAGGCGGACGAGGAGGAAUACGAAGAAGAGGAGGAAGACUUUGAUGAGUACGAGUUCUCGGAAGGCCCCGAGACGACCAACGGGUACGACCCGGAUGGGCGGGGCAUCCACAGAGAUGCCCUACAGAACUACGUCAACACAGAGCAGGUGCAGCCGCCCAGGUUGCGACACAGCUGCCCACCACAUCCACGACCGUGUCAGCCCGACAGAGGGGGGCGCAUAUUUAGCUUUGAUUUCCGCAGACGCUCGAGGUCAGGGGUCGGAGUCUGCGAGCAUGGGCACAUGCCUCCGUCACGGCAGCUCAACUACAUCCAGGUGGACCUAGAGGGAGAACCUCCCUGCCAAGCUCUAGGCGGCGGGGGCGGACAGCCACACCAGCGUCUACCCCCCCAAAAGUGUGGCCCCCAGGCACCCCGGCGCAGUGAAUGCUAUGCAGUCAUCGACCUGAAGAAGACGGCGGCCAUGUCCAACCUGCAAAAAGCUCUGCCCAGGGAUGAUGGCACUUCCAGAAAGACUCGCCACAACAGCACAGACCUGCCUCUGUAAACUACAUUGACCAUGAGGAGCAGACAUGACGACAGAUGAAAGGCUCACCCCCAUUUUAGCACACUGGACCCUUCACUGUCAUCCGUCCAUUUCGAAUGCGGAGCCGACUAAGACAGUACAGGUACCAGGUUAGAAACCUACUGCAUCUGUGUGUAUGAAAGGGAUCCUCUUAAGGGGAAUCUUGCCAUUUUUAUGCUGUUAUUUAUUAGCUGUGUUGUGACGUUCUUUCCAGAAUUUCACUUUCAAGUGCAAAUACUGUUUGCUGGUUGUAUAACGAGUAAGCAUAAUGACAUAAUGCUGAGCAAUGAGAACGGAGGCAUCUGUGUGGAAGCAGCCAUUUCUAUUGUGUAACAUAAUUAUGAUCCCCAAACCA